AUGUUCUCUUGGUAUUUGAUAUUUACUAUUGCUUAUGCAUUCAAUUAUGUUCAUGGCUAUGAUCCACUUCGUCGUUUUCUAGCAAACGUUCCACAAACACCUCUUCAGACAAAUGAUGAUCCUGGCCAACCACUCUUUCUUUCACCUUACAUCGAAUCGGGUCAAAUUGAUCAAGCAAGAAAUUUAAGUCGCGUCAAUCUACAACCCGAUUAUUCAUAUCCAUCAUAUUCAGGAUACUUAACAGUGAAUAAAACUCUUCAAAGCAAUCUGUUUUUCUGGUUCUUUCCUGCACAAAGUGGCAACGCAAGUGCACCAGUAGUUGUUUGGCUACAAGGCGGCCCGGGUGCAUCAUCAUUAUUUGGCCUAUUUGCCGAACAAGGUCCCAUCAUGGUUGAUAAAGAAAAACACCUUCAUCCAAGUGCUACAACAUGGAAUAUGAAAUAUCAUCUUCUCUACAUUGAUCAACCAGUUGGAACCGGUUAUAGUUUUACUAAAAGUGAAGAUGGCUAUGUAACUAAUGAAGACGAAGUGGCUCGUGAUUUGUACGCAAUGUUAACACAAUUCUUUCAAAUCUAUUACGAAUAUGCUGCGUCACCAUUCUAUGUAACAGGCGAAUCCUAUGGUGGAAAAUAUGUACCAGCUAUUGUGUAUAAAAUUCAUGUUGAAAAUCCUCAAGCAAAAAUAAAAAUCAAUCUUAAAGGUAUGGCUAUCGGCGAUGGUCUUAUCGAUCCAUAUAAUCAAUGGGAUUAUGGACCAGUAAUGUAUCAAUUUGGAUUGAUUGAUGAACGUCAACUUGAAUUUGUUAAUUUGCAAACAGCAUUAGCACGAAAUGCUAUCCGCUUACAACAAUAUGCUUUAGCUUACGAUCUCUUCGGUAAUUUAUUUGAUGAAUUUUAUUCAAACUCAACUGGUUUAAACGAUGUUUAUAAUUAUUUAUUAACUCAAUCACCUGAAGCAUUUGGUUACUAUGUACCAUGGGUAACAGCAAAUGAAAAUCGUCUUAAAAUUCAUGUUGGAAAUUUAACUUAUAACGAUGGUAGUAGAGUUCAAAAAGGUUUAGCAAAUGAUGUCAUGCAAACCAUUGUUGGAAAAGUUGCUGUUAUUGUCGAUAACUAUAAAGUGCUCAUUUACAAUGGUUUACUCGAUGUUAUUAUUGCAUCAUCAGUAACUAUGGAUUGGGUUGAUAAACUUCAAUGGCAACAUGCUGAUGAAUUUCGAAGUGCUGAACGAAAAGUUUGGAAAGUUAAAGAUACUGAUACUGAAGUAGCUGGCUAUUUAAAACAAUACAAUUCGUUCUUUGUUGCGUGGGUUCGCAAUGCUGGUCACAUGGUUCCUUCAGAUCAACCACGAGCUGCAUUUGAUCUUAUUGAUCGAUUUGUGUCAGCUUAA